AUAAUAUGGAUCAGUCAUACAAGUGAGCAUAACAACAUAACAACGUUUGAUGCGAUAGCGUGUGUGUGUGGGUGUGUUCAUUUCUUAAAAAUCUAUAUUUAUCUCAACGCCAUCUGUUCUAGGUAUAUGACUAUAAUAUGAAUUCUGUUUCGGCAUGGUUCAACUCGUAUCAAUUGUGUCCCGUGUGUCAUUACGCACUGGUGAAUCAAUUCAACCUCGAAAUCCUUCAAUUUCGUUUGCGUUCAAUUUUGUUGGUGGUUGGUGGACCGUUGGUACUUACUGGAGCGUACUUUGCUUUCAACGGGCUUUUUAUGCUGGGAUUCACGAGUGGAGGGAUCUCGGCGGGCUCUUUUGCCGCAGCGUGGCAAGCGAGCAUGGGAUAUGUUGUAAGAGGUUCGCUCUUCGCCAUCUUGCAAUCAUUGGGCACUAGUUUUAUGUUCAAAUUGUUAUUUAGCACACUUACCGGAACAACUUUAACGUAUCUCUUGUCCACUAUUCGAUUGCAUGCUCGUAAUUUGUAUUUUUGUGAUUGCCCAAUAGAUGAUGAUGGGGAGGCUUCCGAAUAAAAAAAGAUGAUAAACUAAUAAUAAUAUUGAAAGAAAGUGUGUUUAUUUUGUUUAUAAAAUACAUUUAUAUUGGGCACUACCAGCUACACUUUUUCAUUGUAUUUUUUUAUUUUUAAUGUGAAACAUCUAAUAGCGCGGUACAGGAGUGAAGCCGACUGUGCCUAAACCUGCAAUGUUAUAGAUGUUGACUACCCGUCGACUGUGGCGUUUCAAUUUUCAACAUCAGUACCAUAAGAAAAUUGUUGAUGUUUCACAUCUGACAGGUGUCUCGCAACGUUUUAGUUUUUUUUUAUUUAAGGUCUCCCCACCUUGUCACACUAUUUUGAAAACUGUAUAGAUUAUUGUCUUCUGAAGUCAAAUAUCUUGGCCUCAUCCUCGACAGUAAACUUACCUGGAAUCCCCACCUAAAAGCCAAACGAAAAGCCCUUAAUACCCGACUCCACCUCCUUAGACCCUUAUUGAAAUCCAAAA